GCGCAACUAGAAGGUUCACAUUUACAUUUGUUUUUUUUUUUGCAGUUUUGAGUAAUCACACAGCACACGUUACGCAACCAUGAAGUGGGCAAUGCUGCUCGCUGCGGGCCUUCUCUGCCUGAUGCCAAUGCACGCAGAGGAGCUGUCCGAUAGUGAAUUCGACCUGGACGAUCUUGCCGACUUUGACGAGAGUGCAGAGGAGUUGCUGCGUCAAUUUGAGGAGAAAAACUUGAACAAUGAUUUAGACCGUGAAAAUGAGCUCGCUUCUAAAUUGGCAGCUGAGGCUGUAGAUCAACAGAAUAAUUUGAACCCGGUUGUUGAAAUUGACCCAUGUGAGAAGAUGCAUUGCGGCGCCGGUCGUGUAUGUCAAUUGAAUGGCAAUGAAGCUAAAUGCGUCUGCAUACCUGAGUGUCCGGAAGAGCCCGAAGCGCGUCGUCACGUCUGCACUAACCAUAACGAAACUUGGCCUUCGGAUUGUGCUGUCUAUCGGCAAAGAUGUCUGUGUGACACCAAAGCGGCCGGUUGUCUGAACCCCGAAAAUAGCCACGUACACAUCGACUACUAUGGUCCAUGCCAUGAAAAACGCGAAUGUUCCGAAGAGGAUAUGAAGGAUUUCCCACGUCGCAUGCGUGACUGGCUUUUCAACGUGAUGCGCGAUUUGGCCGAACGUGAUGAACUGACAGAACAUUAUAUGCAAAUGGAAUUGGAAGCCGAAACCAAUAUGACCCGUCGUUGGGCCAAUGCAGCAGUUUGGAAGUGGUGUGAUUUGGAUGGUGACACCGAUCGCUCUGUGUCGCGUCACGAACUGUUUCCCAUUCGUGCGCCAUUAGUUAGUCUAGAGCAGUGCAUCGCACCAUUCUUAGAAUCCUGUGACUCGAAUAAUGAUCAUCGCAUCACUUUAGUCGAAUGGGGUGCUUGCUUGGAAUUAGAUGAGACCGAUUUAAAUGAGCGCUGUGACGACAUUCACAGAAGUACUCCCAUUUUACUUGGCUAAAAGUCGUUGGAUGAAGGACGAUUUCUUUAAUAAUACUUGAAGCUUUAUUUACCGUAUCAUUACUAAACAUUAGAUGUGCACUCAUAUAGUUUUGUGUACGGUCAAUGCUUAUCACCAAAAAUUGAGAUUUUAGUUUAAAUAUAAGCGAAAUAAAUUUUUUUUAAAUGUA